AUGCUUUUGGGCAUCAUCGUGCCUCAAGCGGUUACCGGCAUUGCAGCGAACGCCCGCAACGUGGGCACGAAUGCUCUCCUGCGCUGUGCCCUGGACUUCGGAGUGGCAGGAUCUGCCUGGGCGAACACCACCUCCCAGUCCUUCCUGUCUGCUUUCCUCUUCCUGUACGUGUGGUGGAAAAAAAUCCACGUCAACACCUGGGGAGGUUGGAGCAGGGACUGUUUGCAGGAGUGGGGCUCCUUCGUCCAGCUGGCCGUCCCCAGCGUGGUCAUGGUGUGCAUCGAGUGGUGGACCUCUGAAGCCAGAACCUUCCUCGCAGGUGGCGUGACAGAGCUUGGAGCCCGGGCCGUCAUCUGUGUACUGGCUUCUGUGGCCUACACGCCAGCAGGCGAUUCGCGCUACACUAACUGCGAGUGUUGGGUCACUGACUCGCUCUUUUUCUCCAACAGAGAUAUCGUGGCCCUCGUGAGCCAAGUGACGCCCAUUUUUGCUCCCUUUCACCUGUUUGACGCACUCGCGGGCACGUCUGGUGGAGUCCUGAGAGGUGCAGGAAAACGAAAGACGGGUGCUUUCCUGGAUGCCAUUGGUUAUUAUGUUUUUGGUUUUCCCCUUGGAGCAUCUCUGAUGUUUGCUGCUAACCAUGGGGUGAUAGGCCUCUGGUCCGGACUGACGCUCUGUGUCUUCUUUCAAACCCUCUUCUACUUGGUGUCCAUCUGGAGGAUGAGCUGGACCAGAGCAGCAGAGCAGGCACAGGUUCGAGCCGGGCUGAGAGGGACGAAAGAGGCCGUGCCCACUGCAAUGGAUCUGUCCAUCCUAGAAAAAGGGGCAGCCGAUGGGGUGAUUCUACCUGACGUCAUCCGGCCUGAGAGCCAGAGCACGCAGCUGGUGGCGGAGAACAGCUCUGGGGUGGCCACCACCCGGGAGGUCCUGACGGGGACCCAGCUGCUUUUGUAUCGCGGGCUGGCUGUGGUUUUAGCUUUUGCUGUCCUGGUAGCAGGAAUUUUAAUAAGAGUUUUCACUGACCGUGGCUGAAACGGAAUCACCCCAGCCCACAAACUAGCAGUGACAACGACAUGCCACACGGGAAGCAUGGGAAGUGACCCUGGUCACUGGGACAGUGGUUUCACUGUCAGUUGUGGAAAGGAUACCAAUGAUGUGUGCUUAGUUAUUCAGAGUUUGCACCAUCUUACUGCUUACUGAAGAUCAAGAAAAGA